GAUUAAAUAGAGAGUAAUGUAUGAAUGUAUGAAUGAAGUUUUAUAGCAGAGAAGAAAGAAAGAGAGUCCCCUCUCUACCGCCUCAAAGCAGUCUUGCUCGGUGAAGUAGUAGUUUAGUAGCAUAUCAUCAUCACUUCAGGACAGAGCAAAUCAGAGAGAUUUUUGUGUGUGUUUCCCGUUUCACUACUAUUGCAGGCUGCGCGUAGCAGAGUGCUGUUUUCUGUUCUGUUCUGUUCUCUUCUGUCUCUCUGGUUUUAUAAGAUAUACUACACCCAACUCAGUAGAACAACAGCAACUACCAUUUGAAAUGCAACAGCACCUGAUGCAGAUGCAGCCCAUCAUGGCUGCUUACUAUCCCAACAACGUCACCACUGAUCAUAUUCAACAGUACCUAGAUGAGAACAAAUCCUUAAUUCUCAAGAUUGUUGAAAGCCAGAAUUCUGGCAAGCUCACCGAAUGUGCUGAGAACCAAUCAAGGCUGCAGAGAAAUCUCAUGUACCUAGCUGCAAUAGCUGAUUCUCAACCUCAACCACCUACCAUGUCUAGUCAGUAUACUUCCGGUGGAAUGAUGCAGCAAGGAGCACACUACAUGCAAGGUCAACAAGCUCAGCAGAUGACACAACAACAACUAAUGGCUGCACGCUCCUCCCUUUUGUAUGCUCAACAACUUCAACAGCAGCAAGCUUUGCAAAGCCAACUUGGUAUGAGUUCAAGUGGAAGUCAAGGCCUUCACAUGUUGCAUAGUGAAGGAGGUGGCAAUGCAUCUAUAGGUACCAGUGGUUUUCCCGAUUUCAUACGCGGCUCCACGGGGGACGGUAUUCAUGGUACUGGUAAGCAAGACAUUGGUGGCUCGGUUGAAGGACGUGGAGGAAGCUCUAGUGGUCACUCCGGUGAUGGUGGCGAAACCCUUUACCUGAAAUCUUCUGGUGAUGGGAAUUAGUUGUGAAAUUAAUUCCUGGUCUUUUAGUUAGGAGGAUUAGGCAAUGGAUUUUAAGUUUAGUAGGGUAAGGAUGCCAUGUUUGUUUGUUUGUUUGUUUGUUUUGUUUUUAUGUUAAAUUAAAGGGAAAAGAAUCAAAACGUUGCCUAUGUUUCUGUACUAGUACUAGUAACUUUAUGCAUGUUGUUUUUUCUUGUGUAAAGUUUCAGCUAGAAAAUGAGGUUGCUCCAUUUCAGUUUUCAAGGAU